AUGUUUAGAGACCGCUCUUCCCAUCAUCAUCACCAUUCUCCAAACUUCCAAGGAUUUUGGAAAAAGAAGUUUAUAUGGAGACCCCGCUGGGUGAAGACGUGGCAGGAGAAAAAAAUUUACGUUGCCGUCUGGAAGCGAAUGUGGGGACCGGCAGAAAUCAAGGAGUGGGUGCCAGUGGCUAAGCCACCGCCAGGCUGGAUAAAAAAUGGUAAUGGUGGCCACUUUGUUAAGGUUGGUCUACCACAUUAG